UAUCAAAGUCUUUUAACAGAUACUUCAAAUCUCAUCCGAGUUUGGACACUGAAUAGCACACAACUCUCUCUCACUUCUCUUCAAAGUUUCAACCUUUAACUCCAACUUUGCUUCCAUCCCAAUCCCAAUUACUCCGGAGCUCACGAUCUAGGGUUUCCAUUUCCGGCAUGGAGAGCUCAGGAGAGAAGGUCGUCGCCGUCAUCAUGGUCGGAGGCCCCACCAAAGGUACUAGAUUCCGGCCACUAUCGUUCAACACGCCCAAACCGCUUUUCCCGUUGGCAGGGCAAGCAAUGGUUCAUCAUCCAAUCUCAGCUUGUAAAAAGAUACCCAAUUUGGCUCAGAUAUUUCUGAUUGGGUUUUAUGAGGAGCGUGAGUUUGCACUCUAUGUUUCUUCGAUUUCGAAUGAGCUUAAAGUGCCUGUGAGGUACUUGAAAGAGGAUAAACCACAUGGUUCAGCUGGUGGGAUUUAUUACUUUAAAGAUUUGAUCAUGGAAGACGGCCCGUCGCAUAUCUUUUUGCUGAAUUGUGAUGUGUGCUGCAGUUUUCCGCUUGCAGAAAUGCUCGAGGCUCAUAUAAAAUAUGGUGGAAUGGGUACAAUGCUAGUGAUCAAGGUUUCUGCCGAAUCUGCCAAUGAGUUUGGUGAGUUGGUUGCUGAUCCAAUCACCAAAGAACUGUUGCAUUACACCGAGAAACCAGAGACUUUUGUGAGUGAUUUGAUCAACUGUGGUGUUUAUGUAUUCACCCCUGAUGUUUUUAAUGCCGUUGAAGAUGUCUCUAGUCACCGGGAAGGUAGAGCUAAUUUACGCCGUAUUUCCAGUUUUGAAGCCCUCCAGUCUGCUACAAGGAAUCUUCCUACAGAUUUUGUCAGAUUGGAUCAAGAUAUUUUGUCGCCUCUAGCUGGAAAGAAGCAAUUAUAUACUUUUGAGACCAUAGAUUUCUGGGAACAAAUCAAGACUCCAGGAAUGGCAUUGAAGUGUUCGGCUUUGUAUCUUUAUCAGUUUCGUUACACCUCUUCACAUCUUUUAGCUAGUGGAGAUGGAGUCAAGAAUGCCACCAUUGUUGGUGAUGUUUAUAUUCAUCCAUCAGCAAAAGUACAUCCUAGUGCUAAGAUUGGUCCCAAUGUAUCUCUAUCAGCAAAUGUUCGGAUAGGUGCGGGAGUGAGGCUUAUAAGUUGCAUUGUCUUGGAUGAUGUUGAAAUUAAGGAAAAUGCAGUUGUUAUACAUUCUAUAGUUGGAUGGAAGUCAUCUAUUGGGAAAUGGUCACGUGUCCAGGCCGAAGGAGACUACAAUGCGAAGCUUGGAAUCACCAUCCUUGGAGAAGCAGUAACAGUUGAAGACGAAGUUGUGGUGAUUAACAGCAUUGUUCUCCCACACAAGACUCUUAAUGUUAGUGUACAGGAGGAGAUCAUUCUGUAGAGGUUGAGAGAGAGAGAUUGCAAAGGCCUCCUAGUUCUGUCUGCAGCCCUGCCUCUAUGCUUGAAUAAUUCUGGCUAACGGCGAUGUUGUAUCAUUUUUGCUUAGACAAAUGUUGUAAAAUUGAGUCACAAGUAACAUAUAGGCAACUUUUUUUUUUCAGCAAUAUAAUUCGACGGUACAGUCAUCCCCGUAAAGAAAGAGGAUCAUUUUUUGUGACUUAUAAACUUAUAUAAUAGCAAUUUUGAUAGUUAAAUUUAUA